GAGAGAGAGAGAGAGAAGAGAGAAGAGAAGAGAGAGAGAGAGAGAGAGUCAACGAUUCAGUCACACAUCGGACAGUCAUGCAAGCAUACAGUCAGACGGGUUACACGGUCAGGCAAGCAGUCAGACACUCAGAUAUUCAAGCAGUUAUACAUUUUAUCGAAAAGUCAGUCAAGAGUGUUGCUGACAGUCGGGUAUGCAGUCAAGCAAGCAGCCACAAAGUCAGGUGUGCAGUUAGACAGUCAGCCGAGGAAGCAGACAGACAGUCAGCCAAGCAACAGUCAGCCAAGCAAGCAGUCAGCCAAGCAAGCAGUCACAAAGUCAGCCAAGCAAGCAGACAGAGUCAGUAAGCAAGCAGUCACAAAGUCAGAAGUCAGUCAGCCAAGCAAGCAAGUCACAAAGUCAGCCAGCAAGCAGUCAAGCAGUCAGCCAAGCAAGCAGUCACAAAGUACCAAGCAAGCAGUCACCAAGCAAGCAGUCACAAAGUCAGCCAAGCAAGCAGUCACAAAGUCAGGCCAAGUAAGCAGUCAGCACAAAGCAGCCAAGCAAGCAGUCAGCAAGUCAGCAAGCAAGCAGUCACAAAGUAGCAAGCAAGCAAGCAGUCAGCCAAGCAAGCAGUCACAAAGUCAGCAAGCAGCAAGCAAGCAGUCACAAAGUCAGCCAAGCAAGCAGUCACAAAGUCAGCCAAGCAAGCAGUCACAAAGUCAGCCAAGCAAGCAGUCACAAAGUCACAAGCAAGCAGUCACAAAGUCAGCCAAGCAAGCAGUCACAAGUCAGCCAAGCAAGCAAGCACAAAGUCAGCCAAGCAAGCAGGCACAAAAGUCAGCCAAGCAAGCAGUCAGCCAAGCAAAGCAGCACAAAGUCAAGCACAAAGUCAGCCAAGCAAAAGCAGUCACAAAAGUCAAGCAAGCAAGCCAGUCAGCCAAGCAAGCAAACAAAGUCAGCCAAGCAAGCAAGGCAGCCAAAGUCAGCCAAGCAAGCAGUCACAAAGUCAGCCAAGCAAGCAGUCAGUCAGCAAAAGCCAGAAAGUCAGCCAGCAAGCAGUCACAAAAGUCAGCCAAGCAAGCAGUCAGCCAAGCAAGCAGUCAGCCAAGCAAGCAGUCACAAAGUCAGCCAAGCAAGCAGCAGUCAGCCAAGCAAGCAGUCAGCCAAGCAGCAAGCACAAAGUCAGCCAAGCAAGCAGUCACAAGUCAGCAAGCAAGCAGUCACAAAGACAGUCAGCAAGCAAGCAAGCAGUCACAAAGUCAGCCAAGCAAGCAGUCACAAAGUCAGCCAAGCGAGCAGUCACAAAGUCAAGCAAGCAAGCAGUCAGCCAAGCAAGCAGUCAAGCAGCACAAAGUCAGCCAAGCAAGCAGUCACAAAGUCAGCCAAGCAAGCAGUCACAAAGUCAGCCAAGCAAGCAGUCACAAAGUCAGCAAGCAAGCGUCAGCCAAGCAAGCAGUCACAAAGUCAGCCAAGCAAGCAGUCAGCAAGCAAGCAGUCACAAAGUCAGCAAGCAGUAAGCACAGUCAGCCAAGCAAGCAGUCACAAAGUCAGCCAAGCAAGCAGUCACAAAGUCAGCCAAGCAGCAGCAAAGCAGUCAGUCACAAAGUCAGCAAGCAGUCAGCCAAGCAAGCAGUCAAAGUCAGCCAAGCAAGCAGUCAGCAGCAAGUCAGACAGCAGUCAGCAGGCAGGCAGUCACAAAGUCAGCCAAGCAAGCAGUCACAAAGUCAGCCAAGCAAGCAGUCAGCCAAGCAAGCAGUCACAAAGUCAGCAGUCAGCCAAGCAAGCAGUCACAAAGUCAGCCAAGCAAGCAGUAAGACAGUCAGCCAAGCAAGCAGCAGUCAGCCAGCAAAGCAAAGUCAGCAACAAGCAGUCAGCCAAGCAAGCAGUCACAAAGUCAAGCAGUCAGCAGUCACAAAGUCAGACAUGCAGUCAGAAAUUCAAGCAAGAAUGCAGCCAGACGAGCAGGGACCAAAGCACGGGAUCUCCAGAGUGCCAAAUAAGGACACACCAAAAUAG